AUGAUUUCAUUCAGGCAAGCAGCUUAUUUCAUGUGCUUGUUUGCUACAGUUUCCUGUGAAUGCCUAACUCAAACGUAUAAGAAUAUCUUCUUCAGAGGUGGGGACGUAACCGCCCUGUACGCCCCGAGCGCCCAGCACUGCCAGGCGAUGUGCACAUUUCACCCCCGGUGUUUGCUAUUUAGCUUUCUUCCUGCAAGUUCAACUAAGAACACGGACAAAAGGUUUGGUUGCUUCUUGAAAGACAGCGUUACAGGAACCCUGCCAAGAGUGCCAUGGACAAGCGCAAUCUCUGGACAUUCCUUAAAGCAGUGUGGCCUUCGAAUAAGUGCUUGCCACAGAGACAUUUAUGAAGGACUUGAUCUGAGAGGAGUCAACGUUAAUGUAUCCAAGGUUGAAAGUGUUGAAGAAUGCCAAAGGAGGUGCACCAAUAACAUUCACUGCAAAUUUUUCACCUAUGCCACGCAAGCGUUUCACAGUGCAGAGCACCGGAACAACUGCCUAUUGAAGUACAGUCCGACGGGCACGCCGACCAGUAUAAAGGUGCUGAAAAACAUGGCAUCUGGAUUCUCCCUGAAGGCCUGUGCCCUCUCAGAAAUUGGUUGCCACAUGAACAUGUUCCAACACACGGCAUUUUCGGAUGUGGAUGUUGCCAGAGUCAUCACUCCAGAUGCUUUUGUAUGUCGAACCAUUUGCACCUAUCACCCCAACUGUCUCUUCUUUACUUUCCAUACAAACGCCUGGGAUAUAGAAUCAGAGAGAAAUGUUUGUUUACUGAAGACUUCCAAAAGCGGGACACCAAGUUCUACCACCCCCCAGGAAAACACCUUGUCUGGAUAUAGCCUGUUAACCUGCAAACGAACUUUGCCUGAGCCCUGCCAUUCAAAAACUUACGCGGGAGUUGACUUUGGAGGGGAAGAACUGAAGGUGACCUUGGCUAAAGGAGUGAGCGGUUGCCAGGAGACCUGCACGAAGAUCAUCCGCUGUCAGUUUUUCACAUAUUCCUUACUCCCGGAGGACUGUCAAGGAGACCAGUGUAAGUGUUCCUUACGGCUAUCCUUGGAUGGUUCCCCCACGAGCAUUACAUACAGGACGCGAGCGAGCUCUGGCUAUUCUUUGAGGUUGUGCAGAAGGGGGGAUAUCUCUGUGUGCGGGAAGAAAUCAAAUGCACGCAUUGUUGGAGGAACCAAUUCUUCUUGGGGAGAGUGGCCCUGGCAGGUCACCCUUCAAGUGAAGUUGACAGGACAGAGCCACGUGUGUGGAGGCUCUAUCAUUGGCAACCGCUGGAUCCUCACUGCUGCCCAUUGCUUUGAUGGGCUCUCCUUUUCAGAUAUGUGGCGCGUAUAUGGUGGCAUUUUAAAUUUGUCAGAGAUAACAAAAGAAACACCUUUCUCACGAGUAAAAGAGAUUAUUAUCCACCAAAAUUAUAAUAUCUCAGAAAACAGUAAUGACAUUGCCUUGAUAAAGCUUGAGGCUCCUUUGAAUUAUACGGAAUUCCAAAAACCAAUAUGCCUUCCUUCCAAAGAUGAUACAAAUAUAAUUUACACCAACUGCUGGAUAACUGGAUGGGGCUUCACAAAGGAAAGAGGCGAAGUCCAAAAUAUCCUACAAAAGACAAAUAUUCCCUUGGUAACAAAUGAAGAAUGCCAGAAAAGAUAUAGAGAUUAUAAAAUAACCAAACAGAUGAUCUGUGCUGGCUACAAAGAAGGGGGAAAAGAUGCUUGUAAGGGAGAUUCAGGCGGUCCUUUAGUUUGCAAACACGACGGAACGUGGCUUUUGGUGGGGAUCACCAGCUGGGGCGAAGGCUGUGGCCGCAGGGAACACCCGGGCGUCUACACCAAAGUUGCUGAGUACGUGGACUGGAUUUUGGACAAAGCGGGGAGGGCGGCGGGCAGCCCGCGGUGA